AUGAUCAACCUUGGAAUCAUUGGAACAAACUGGAUCACCCACUCAUUUGUCGAGGCCGCCCACGCAACUGGCAAAUACAGCCUCACAGCCGUCUACUCACGAAAAGAAGAGACUGCAAAGGAGUUUGCAUCUAAAUAUACCGUCAACAACAUGACCUGCUACACGGACCUCAAUGCCCUUGCCAGCGGUGACAAGAUCGACACCAUCUACAUUGCCAGCCCCAACAUUUUGCACUACGAGCAAGCCAAGCUGUUCCUUACCUCGGGAAAGAAUGUCAUCCUAGAGAAGCCAAGCUGCAGCACUGUUUCCGAACUCGACCAUCUCUUUUCGCUUGCAAAAGAAAACAACGUCAUCCUUGUCGAGGCGUUCCGCCACAUUCAAGAAGCAAAUUUCAAGCUACUGAAGCAAAAGAUUGCCGACAUAGGCCCGCUGUAUGGCGCCUCAAUCAAUUUUGCCCAGUACAGCAGCCGGUACGAAAAGGUUCUGCAGGGCGAGGUUCCCAACAUCUUCAACCUCGAGAUGGGCGGUGGUGCAUUAGUCGACCUUGGCGUAUACUGCGUCGCCGCCGCCGUUGAUCUCUUCGGUGCCCCCCUCGACUCGCAGUACUGGCCUGUCAAGAUUGCUACGGGAGCGGAUGGCGCCGGCCGUCUGAUCCUGACGUACCCCAACUUUACCGUACAUCUCUGCCACUCCAAGAUUUACAACUCUGACGCGCCAUCUGAGAUUUACGGAGAAAAGGGUACACUUAUUGUACCGACUAUCACCGACAUCAACAAGGUUAUCCUGUGGGAUCCGAAGAAGAAGACAAGAGAGGAUAUCCCUGGUGUCAAGACGCCCGAAAAGCUCAAUCUGAUUGAAGAAGCGAGGGAAUUCGCAAGGUGUAUCGAAGAAAAGGACCAUGUGGAAUUGAGCCGAUUGGAGAAGCACUCAAGGGACACGCUAGCCAUCAUGCACAAGGUCAGGCAUGACAAUGGCCUUGUGUUUGCCGGUGGCAAGUAG